CGUGCUGGUGUUUGUGUGAUCCGCCGUUCAUCUCUAAUUUCUAGGGAACGGCGACUGUUGCACUCGCUGUGUGCAUUUCUCCUAAACCAUCGCGAUUUUUAGCUGCGCGUACACGGGGUCCCAGUCUCAGCAAAAUAACCUGUCAAGCGGAAGGGUACCGUCUCGUGCGCUUAGAAACCAUCAUGGAGUGUGGCAAAAGCUGUGUGUUUCCGUUAGCAUAAGAUCAAUUUCAUCCCUGCUUAUAGUAGCUAAAGGGGCGAAACAAGAGUGUGUCGCUACACUUGUACUUGAUGUGUGCAAAUUUGCGUGACAAAAGCGGGGUCCGUCCACAAAGUCGAGAAGUAUUCAUUCAAAGUGUACAAACGCUAUACCUAGUGAGGCACACACACAAAACAGUGGACUUCAAUUAAGCGAAACCGACGCGUGUUAAGUGUAAAUAUUUGGUGACAACACAAACCGCAUCGUAACGCGAAUGUUUACCAAGUUGAUCGUGGCAGGCCAAGCUUUAAGCUGACGUUUUGGUUGCAAUUUCGAAAGCUCGAACAAUUGCCGCUUCAUUGUUCUGUGGGGUGGCCUUUUUGUUUUCUUCUUCCGUUUUGCACCACCUCUCCCUGGGAAAGGAAACUGGAAUGUCGCUGGAAAACGGCACAGUUGUCCCACUUUCCGCAAAACCAUACGACAUUCCGGCUGCGUGUGCCCAGCAGCAGCAGCAGCAAAGGUGGUGGUAAAUCCCGAUAUCGGUAGGUGGCUUUUCUGCCAAAAAAAAAAAAUAUAAAGAAACACGAAAAGAAAUAGCCGAAACUAAUAACAGACGAAAAAAUAAACCAUAUUAUACCGAAUUCCGCAGAGAAGGUGAUAGAUUCGGUGCUCUCACGCGCAGCAAAACCCAGAGGGAAGAAGGUGUCUCGUGCGUUCCGGAGAGCUCCAAAUACCGGUAACGGUACACGAACGGCUGCCACCGCGUACAAACUGUGAAAGGAAAGCAAAACUGUGCCACAAGCUACCACCCCGUUCCGGCACAAACUGUAUAGAGAGAAAAAAAAAACACCAGAGGACGCAACGAAAAGAACUGGCCGGUCUCAUCUCGAGCAGCAGGAGAAGAGCAUUUCAUUAAGCAUGGGAAACUGUGAGCUACUUAAUUUUCUUGUGACGUGACAAAACUGGAGCAAAAGCAGCUGCUGGAUGUUGGAGCUUCACUCGUUCUUGUGCAGUUCGAUCGAUCGGUUUCGUCCGGUGGUGAUGCACCAAACGUUCUGUGUAUGGAAUGAUUCUGCGUUGCUCCGCGUACUGCCAAGCGGUUAUCUAAACAAUAACAAAACCCCACCGUGUCAGAAGUUCGGCGUUAUCAUCAAAACCCUCAACGAAGCGAAAAACGUACACGAACGUGCCCAAAAGUCGUGAUGUUAUCUCGUACGCAAGUUCACGCUCAUUAUUAAUAGCCGUUUCUUGCGCCUGAACGUCGCAUGCAUCAAGAGGGAUAGCAGAAAAAAAAACCGCAUUAAUAUUCACACCCCUACCCUGAGACACGUAGACGGUUUGGCAUUUUAUGAUUGUUUUGCCGGUGUGUGCGGUUUAUCGCGUACGGUAAGCAGAAGAAGAUACGCCUUCUAGAGAAGAAGGUGGAAAAUGUCCACCGGAAAGCUCACGAGCUAGCUACUCUGCGGCGGGAGUAACCUGAGAAUAAGCUGAGCGAGAAAGCACAUCGCAAGCGGGACGAAAACGGAUGAUGAUGAUAAUGAUGAUGAUGAUGGUUCCAACACGGUCCCCAUGUUUGGCGAUACAAUGAUGUCAUUCGAUGUGUGAAUUAGCUGAAACAUCAUCCCAUAUAGACCCGACUGUUCCCGGUUUCGUACGUACUGGAAGGAGGAAUCGUUUUCCGACCCGGCAAAGGAACGAGUUAGACGAAAGCAAACAAUCCAUCGAAAGGUUGCGUCCGGUUACCGGCGUGUGCUAACUAAUAGGGGUGGAAAGCAACAACAACAACAAUUAUCAAAAACCGAGCGCUUUAAAUAAUAGCGAAAUCAACAAACGCGUGUGAAACUGCUGCUGCUGCUACUGCCCAUCCAUCAAAGUUACCUUUUUGCCGGUUACAUCGCGUUUCGAUGGUAGCGAUAGUAGUGGCUACAGAACGUACGGUUCCAUCCAUCAUCAAGGGCCAGUUUGAAAUUGAAGAACGAACGAACACACAAAAAAAACUCGCCUGUAACAUCAACCUUCAAAGUUUAUCUAUCGACACACGGUUAACAAUCCGAUAGGCUCACAAUUUAGUUUUGAAAAACGUGUUUGUGUGUUUACCGUGUGUGUUUUUCUGUUGUUCAAAGCUAGAACCAACAAGACACUUUACGCUCGUAACGAUGAGCAACGAAACGGAGCAGGAAACGCCUGCUACGGUUGGUGGGGAUGGGGAUGUUUUAAAAAGUUCCACCGUACCGGUUCAGCAACAACAACAACAACAACAGUAUCAUCACCAUCAUCAUCAUCACAUCAUGUCCACCAGUGUGGAGGAGGUGGACGAACAGGUACUGGAGAUGACACAGUCCACGGCCACCGUUAACAACAGCAACAGCCAAGUGCAAAAGUCAUACAAAAAUUUGCAUGAAUUUUCGGAGGAAAUGCUGGAAACGGAAAAGGCCGGCCUAGUCGAGCGUGUGUACGAUCUCGAACGGCAAGUACUGGAGCACAAGGAUGAGAUCGUUUGUCUCAAGUCCACCCUGGCCGAUGUGUUACGUCGCCUGGCCACGAUAGAUAACAGCUACGAGAACAGCACGAGUGGAAGUGGCCGUGGUGGAACCGGAACGCCCGCCGGAAUGGGCGGUGGUAUGAGUGCAGGAGUAGGAGCGCAUCAUGCGGCCAGUGAUAACGUGUCCGGCACUGUACAGACGAAUAGUUUAUCCAGCAAAAGUUUUCGCUUCUCCCGCAAUACCCUGACGAGGCUGAACUCUACCGUGGAGGAGAAACGCUUCGGGCGGGUACCGUCCCGUGUGACCAGCUCACCGUCGCGCAUGAAGCCGAACCUCGCGCAAAAGGCCAUCCACUACUCGAACGGUUCGUUGCAUUCCGACUCGAUGAGCAGCCAUUCGAUCUCACCUGCACCGUCCCCAUCACCGAGGCAACCGAAUGCGGCCACACCCGUCAAUUCGCACCAUGCCCUGCUCUCCUCGUCCGGCAUGGGAAAGCGGUGGUCCUCGACGGGGGAUUUCAUCAGCACACCUGGCAGCCCGAGCGGCACCGGAAGCAGUGGAAGCAUGUCGAGAUUUUCGGCCAAAUCACUGCUGAAUCUCAGUGGCAAUUCUAGCCGCCAGGGUCAAUCACAUCCAUACGUGCAGCGCAAAAAUGAAGACGACGAGUACGUGAAGCUGUACAUCAGCGGACGUCCGAUCGUCAUACACAUUCCCGAAGCACAACUGUCCACGUACGAACUGACGAAGGUACAACCGGCCCCGAACAGACGUUUACGGCUCGAUUGGGCGUACGGCUAUCGGGGCAAGGACUGUCGUUCGAAUCUGUACCAACUACCGACGGGCGAGAUGGUUUAUUUUGUCGCGGCCGUUGUCAUCCUGUACAACAUGGACGAACAUACGCAGCGUCACUAUCUCGGCCAUACGGACGAUGUGAAAAGUUUGGCCGUACAUCCGAACAAGCUGCUGGUCGCUAGUGGACAGUGCGGUGGCCACGAAGGGCGUGAAUCGUUACCACACAUCCUUAUCUGGAAUUCCGUCUCGUUGGCUACGCUAAACAUGAUCGGCUGCGGUGAAUUUACCGGUGCGAUCAAUUGUCUCUCGUUUAGCCGGGCGGACAGUGGCAGCAUUCUGGCAGCGAUUGACGAUUCACCGGACAAAAUCAUCUCGAUAUGGGACUGGCAGAAGAAGGACGGUGGACGGAAGAUUACCGAAACGAAGUGUUCCGUCGAUACGGUGGUGGCGGUCGAGUUUCAUCCGCUCGACAAGGGGCAGAUCAUAACGAUCGGCAAGAAUCAUAUCGCGUUUUGGUCGCUCGAUCAGAACGGCAUGCUGUACAAGCGGAUGGGUGUGUUCGAGAGCUUCGAAAAGCCGAAGUACGUGACGGCGAUAUCGUUCACGCAGACGGGCGAUGUCGUGACCGGUGAUUCCAGUGGCAAUUUGGCCGUCUGGAAGCGUGGCACCAACGUUAUUAGCCGGUUUCUGAAGAAAGUGCACGAAGGGCCUGUGUUUACGAUUUGCGCAUUAAGGAAUGGUGGUUUCGUGACGGGCGGUAAGGACGGAUUGCUCUUACUGUUCGACGAUGCGCUGCACAUGAAGGCGGAACAGAUCGUAGAGGCACAUUUCGGUGCGGUACGCGUGGUGGCACAGGGCAAGGGGUCUCAGCUGCUGAUCGGCACGACGAAGAAUUGCAUCCUGUCCGGUGACUUUACGCUUAGCCUCGUGCCGAUCGUGAUGGGUCACACGGAUAUACUGUGGUCGCUGGCAACGCACCCGCAGGUGGCCCAGUUCGUUACCGGUGGCCGGGACAGGCUGCUGCAGUUGUGGGACUCACUAUCGCACUCGGUCGUGUGGAGUAAAGAUAUUGGCGAACCGAUACACUCGGUACAGAUAGCGAACGGGGGUGACGCGAUUGUGGCGGGUGGGGUCGGUGGACGUUGGUCCGUCUUUGACAUAGUGACGCGAGAACUGUUGGCAACGUAUACCGACGGUCAGGAGGUGAUACAGUGCCUGCAGUUCUCACCGGACGGUAAUCUGCUGGCAGUCGGUUCCAAAGACAACUGCAUCUACAUCUAUCAGUGCACGAAAGUGGCGCAUCGAUUUUCCAAGAUUGGAAAGUGCUCGGGUCAUUCUAGUUUCAUAUCACAUCUCGAUUGGUCAAAGGACAGUCAAAUUUUGCGAUCUAAUUCGGGCGAUUAUGAAAUAUUAUAUUGGAAUCCAACACUCUGCCGUCAAAUUACGAGCCAAAGCACGGUGAAGAACCUCGAAUGGGCCACCCAGAACUGUUCCGUAAGCUUCGAAACGAUUGGCAUCUGGCCGGAGAACUUUGACGGCACGGACAUCAACAGUGUGUGCAAGGACGGUGAGGAACAAUUCCUUGUUUGUGCCGAUGAUUUCGGCAAAAUUCGACUGUUUAGUUUUCCAGCAUCGCAGCCAAAGUCGCUAUCCCAUAGUUACAAGGGCCACAGUAGCCAUGUAACGUCGGUACAAUUUAUGCACGAUGGCGUGCGUCUUUUAUCUGCCGGAGGUAUGGACACGAGUGUACUGCAAUGGAGAGUAGUGUAGGGUUGUUAGAAAAAAAAACACCGAUCGGUUUUACAUUCCACAAAGCAUUUUCUUCCAAUUCUGCCGUUUUGCUGUACGUUUCUCGGAAUUCACAUACCAGCUUCCCCCACAAGGAACGCCAGCAAGGAUGCGUGCUGCAGAAGAACAAAGUUUAUUUUAUUUUAUAUAGCACCGAAACUAACUUAUUGUUUUAUCACGAUUAUCAAUAAGCGUAAACUGACGAAUAAAUUUAAAUUAAUCAUUCAGAA